AUGGUCGCGGACUCUACCAAUAUGGCUACGCCCGACUAUGCGGAUACUCAGACAGGAGGAGGGAAGAGAAACGUCAAGACAACCGUCCUGUAUUUUAGCGGUGAUCCUAAAGUACAGUUAGAACCAACGGUUAUCGGAGGGCCCAAACCACCGAACUUGACACCCAAGAUCAGCUCUCCAGUUUCAAUAACAGAUGUCACUGGAGAGGAGAACAAAUACUCUCUUGAGGUUCAAGGGUUUCAGUUCAUCAAGCACAAGUCCCAGUUUGAGAAAGACCUUCCUGGACUCAAGAGCCGUUACAAAGCAUCAGAAAGCCUAGACGAUACCACAGCGGGUUACUAUUCAGAGAUGAAAGAGAUACUGGCAGAAACAUUGGCAAAGAACAAGAAUUAUCCGAAACCCUCCAGCAUACACAUAUUGACUCACAUCAUCCGGGCCGGGCCAAAGGAUGGCGAAGGCGACCGAGGCCCAGCGGGGCCUCUCUAUGGCGUCCAUGUAGAUCAAUCCGCCUGGGCUGCGGAAGGAGUGGCGGAAAGAUGGCUUGGAGACCAGGCAACGGAGCUCUUGAAAAAGCCGCGCUUUCAAAUCAUCAACAUGUGGCGACCUUGCAAGCCGAUUACCCGAGACCCAUUUGCUGUCUCAGACGCCACGUCGAUUCCGGACGAGCACAUUAUCAAGGUGCCACUCAUUUUCCCCGACCACACGGCUGAGGCGCUAGAAGUGAUUCCCGCUCCGGAUCCUCAGAAGCCGCAUCGUUACUACUACAAGUUCAAUCAGCAACCGGAUGACCUGUUGUUCUUCAUUCAGGUCGAUUCAAGCAAACAGCCGAACGUGCCAAGGCGUUGCCCUCACGUUGCGUUCAAGGAUCCGAACCUGGACGAGUCCAAGGGUGAACCGAGGAUUAGCAUUGAGACGAGAGCAAUGGUGUUCUAUGACCAAGAUGAAGCAUGA